UAUAUUUUUUAAAAAGGGGGUGUACUUAUACGAGAGUGGAGGUGUGUUUAUCAUCUGCCCCAGAAUUAUGCUACAGACAUGACCCAAUAACACACAAUCAACAUUUGGGCUUUGUUCCAAUCUAAUGGGCUUCGAUGGGCCUGCGAUGCUCCCUUGUUGAAACGACAGCGUUUCUGGGUAGUCAGUGGUGGCAUUGAUGACAGGUCAACUCUGAGUGGGACAUGGGAAAAUCAGAAAAGCAAAAAAGUCUUCGUAUCCGUUUGUGAACUUUUCUCUGUUCAUUUCAACUUUUCCUUUUUCACAACCAUUUCAAAUUUCAAAACACUUCUUCUUCUUUUUCGUCUUCUCGUUCUAUCUUAAUUAAGCCGAGCAGCAACACCAGCUUCAAACUCACCUCAACCUCCACUUGCAGUUGCCACCUCGUACUUUGCAAAAACGUGUUCUUUGCUCAAAUGGGUGGUUCAGGAAGAUGGCUUAAGUCGCUCAUUCCUCUCAGAAAGGCCUCCCCAUCUGAUCAAGUUUGCAAAUUUUUGUUGGGAUUUUUUUUUUCUUGCUGUGUUUGGCUCUGUGAUGUUUAUUCAGUAUGUUUCUGCAUUUUUCAGGAGAAGGGUGUUGAUAAGAGUAAGAGAAAGUGGAAGCUAUGGAGGAGCAGUUCAGAAGGGUUUGGGAUUGGAUGCUCCAUGAAGAAGGGGCAGGGUGGUGGUGGUGCUUCCUUUGUGGUGGAUGAUGGAGCAUUUGCUGCUGCUAUGGCUGCUGUGGUCAGAACUCCACUCAAAGACUUCAUGGUGAUCAAGCAGGAAUGGGCUGCCAUUCGAAUCCAGGCAGUGUUUCGAGGUUUCUUGGCAAGACGAGCUUUAAGGGCCCUGAGGGCAGUGGUGAGGUUGCAGGCCAUAUUUCGCGGUUGGCAAGUGAGAAAGCAAGCAGCUGUUACUCUAAGGUGCAUGCAGGCUCUUGUGCGAGUUCAAGCACGGGUCAAGGCAAGGAAUGCGAAGAAUUCUCCAGAGGGGAAUGCUAAUGAAGAUGAUCCUGUUAAGCAGGCUGAGAAAGGGUGGUGUGACAUUCCAGGAACUGUGGAAGAAGUUAAGGCGAAAUUACAAAUGAGACAGGAAGGAGCAAUUAAGAGAGAUAGAACAAAGGCAUACUCUCUAUCUAAGCAGAAAUCCACACCAAGUGCUAGUCCAAAUUCAAGAGCUUCUAAGCCAGUUAUUCCUCUCAAGCACUGCAGCCGAGAAAGCAAGAGCUCGGGAUGGAGUAUGUUAGAACGCUGGAUGGCUGCAAAGCCAUGGGAGAGCAGGUCGAUGGAAGAGAUGUAUCUGGACUCGCCUGACAAGACUCCAGUGACCAGUAAAAGUGAUCAUUUUGUUCUUCCCUUUAAUUCAGAUAAACAAAAUGACUCAGUCAAAGCAAGAAGGAAUGGUGUGACAACCAGAAUUUCAUCUAAAUCUCUUGCAACUAGUCAAUCAACUCCAUCAUCUUCAGCCAUAAGCUCGGAAUGCAUGUAUGAUGAUAGCCCUAUGUCAACUUCAUGCACAUCUGAAUCACCACCUCUACCAUCUACCAACAAUGUUAUGGUGGAAGCAACAGAAGAAAGAAAUGUUUUUAAACCAAGCUACAUGAAUCUGACAGCAUCAACCAAAGCUAAACUGAAACCCUAUAGGUGUUUUUCUCAGAAUUCAAAGAGAAUCUUCAUGGAUGAUUGUGUGUCACUAAAUGGAGUUACUAGAUGCAGUUCUGGUUCCUAUCCUUCUGCCAAUAUGUGGAAGAAUGUCUAUGCAACACCUCUUAGGACAAGUUAUCAAAAGCGAUAUACAUUAGAAGAUAAGUAGUUGCUUUGCCACGACAAUCACUGGAAUGUUCUAUUUCAAUAAGCCAACAGCUUGUUGUUCAUUGUCACCUUCAUCAGAUGAAUGUGUGUACUAAUACACAGAUAAUUGCUAAUUGAUAUACGGAUAACACAAGUGCUUUGGUGUGAAGAUGAAAAGCACAUUUUCAAUUUAUAAGGUGUUUUUACGGCAAUUUAUAAUCAGUAUCUCUUUGUUUUGGGCUAUAAUCAUGUUAAUUUUUGGAGGAACAUUCAUAAUUAGUAGUUCUAAGUUGUACUAUCUGAAAGACUGAAGUGCAAACUAUGAGCUUUAAGAAGAGACUUGAUUCUGAAUUCUUACUUUAAGCUUUUCUUUGAAUGCA